AUGUCUGAUAAGCCUGACCUGACGGAAAUUGCAAGGUUUGAUAAGACCAAGCUGAAGAAGACGGAGACAAAAGAAAAGAAUCCUUUACCCACCAAAGAAACUAUUGAGCAAGAGAGGAAAGGAGAUGCCUCUCCCUGA